AUGGCCUCCCAAGAACGCAAGCUUCCCUUUGGGAAGAUCGAGCCCAACUCGGCCAAGUACUUCUACAGUUGCGCUUUCGGCGGUAUUAUCGGACCAACCCACACCGCCGUGACACCACUGGAUCUCGUGAAAUGUCGUCGCCAGGUCGACCCCAAGAUCUACACCUCAAACAUCCAGGCAUGGCGCACUAUCUUCGCCAAGGAAGGCAUGCGCGGCGUGCUUUUUGGCUGGUCGCCCACUUUCCUAGGAUACUCCAUGCAAGGCGCGGGCAAGUACGGUCUAUAUGAGUACUUUAAGCAUCUCUAUGGGGACAAUCUGUUCCCAGAAACCAAUCGCACUUUGGUCUUCUUGGGUGCCAGUGCAUCGGCCGAGUUUUUCGCCGAUAUGGCUCUGUGUCCGAUGGAGGCGAUUAAAGUCCGCAUGCAAACUACCUUGCCACCCUUUGCUAGCACCCUGCGUGAGGGAUGGAGCCGCAUUGUGGCCAAGGAAGGAUUUGGCGGUCUCUACAAGGGCUUGUACCCUCUGUGGGCUCGUCAGAUUCCUUAUACCAUGACCAAGUUUGCGACUUUCGAGGAGACCGUUAAGAUGAUCUACAAGACCAUGGGUAAGCCCAAGGAGAGUUAUAGCCAAUUGACACAGACCGGGGUUAGCUUCCUGGGUGGAUACAUUGCCGGUAUCUUCUGUGCCGUAGUCAGCCACCCGGCCGAUGUCAUGGUGAGCAAGUUGAACGCCGAUCGGAAAGCUGGUGAGGGCGCGAUGACUGCUGUAUCACGAAUUUACGGCAACAUUGGGUUCUCGGGUCUGUGGAAUGGCCUGCCUGUCCGUAUUGUCAUGCUGGGCACAUUGACAGGCUUCCAGUGGUUGAUUUAUGACUCAUUCAAGGUGUUCUUGGGUCUGCCGACUACUGGUGGUCACUAG